AUGGCAGCAAUAUUACGUGUGAAACGUAGUUAUUAUGAUGAACCAUUAAAUGCUUUGGUAAUUUCAUGUAAACGACAAAAAAUUGCGGAAGACGAAGAUACCGAAGAUGUACUAUCAGAUUCUAUAACCACACUUGCUAAAUUUGCCGGAACUGUAAAAGAGCAGGAUGAGAAUGUGGAACAUAUAAUUCAAGGUUAUGGGAAAGAUGAAUUACGAGCUAAUUUCAAACAACAUCCUAUAGAUACGAAACAGAUUCUAAGUAAAAUAAGAGAAGCAACAAAACAGGCUUCAGCAGAAAAUCGUUACAAAGUAGUUAAUUAUUUCCGAUCAUUGGAUAAUUCUAGUGGUGAAAAUUCCGAAAAAAAGGUUCCUACAGUAGUAAUAGAUGUGGAGGAUUCAAAAUCCAUAGCAAGAAGGGAUUCUAUAGGAAAAGAUGAUAAUUAUGUAUAUGAUUUAUAUUAUGUUCAAUCUGAGAACGAUAUGUUCCUAGAUGAUGAAGUAUCUGUACAUGCAUUCGAACAAGAACUUGUUCAUGAUAGUUAUAGAGAUUAUGGUUAUCCUGAAUCUGAAUGCGACUCAGAGGAUUCUAAUUCAGAGUCAAAUUGGAGAAAUGAUUAUCCUGACUCUAGUUAUUCUGAAGGAUCAAUUGAUGAAGAUGACAUCAGAGAGGCUGUUAUGAACAUAAGAAUAGAGGAGGGAUCUGAUUUAUCUGAAGAAGAUGAUUUUGUUUAUGCUAUUGAUGAAACUAUUGUAGAAAAUUUUGGUUACAAGUAUGCAAGAUAUAAAGCAAGGAUGUUGAAAGAGUUAGAGGAAGGCAACACCGAUGAUGACGACGACACUGAUGAUGAUCAUGAUGAUUUUAGUAUAUGUGUGUCUGAAGAUUCAGAUGAGCAUAAUAAUAAUGAAGUAGAUUCCGAAUAGUUAUUUAAUUACAUAUAGAUCUUUUUAUACUGAAAGGAUAUAAUAAUUGGUGAUCAGUGACGUUAACAUAAUACAUUUCCCAAUAUAUAAAAUAAAUUCAGUUAAUGAAAUCGA